AUGGGUGAGGCUCCUCCCCUCCCGCCCCCUCCCUCCCAGGUGCUGGCCCCCAGCCCCACCUGGUGGGCAGUCGACUCCAUAAAAUGCCCCAAGGAGCAGGAGGCAGCCGUUAGGAGGAACGGCAGGAUGAGCUCGGAGCGUGGCCAGCAGCCGCAGCCGGGAGGCCGAAGGGGCCGUGGUGAUAAGAAGUCCAGAAGGCGAGGCCGGCGCAAGGAAACCUACUCAGUGUAUAUCUACAAGGUGCUGAAGCAGGUGCACCCAGACAUAGGCAUCUCUUCCAAGGCCAUGAGCAUCAUGAACUCGUUUGUGAAUGAUGUGUUCGAACGUCUGGCUGGCGAGGCUGCCCGGCUGGCCCAGUACUCGGGCCGAACCACACUGACCUCCCGGGAAGUCCAGACGGCCGUGCGCCUGCUGCUGCCCGGGGAGCUGGCCAAGCACGCCGUGUCCGAGGGCACCAAGGCCGUCACCAAGUACACCAGCUCCAAGUGA